ACCACAACAACAAUUCCUUCAACCACAACAGCUGCACCGACCACAACCACAGCAGCUCCAACCACAACAACAGUUGCUCCAACCACAACAACAGUAGCUCCGACGACAACAACAGCUGCUCCAACCACAACAACAAUUCCUUCAACCACAACAGCUGCACCAACCACAACCACAGCAGCUCCAACCACAACCACAGCUGCUCCAACCACAACAGCUGCUCCAACCACAACAACAAUUCCUUCAACCACAACAGCUGCACCAACCACAACCACAGCAGCUCCAACCACAACCACAGCUGCUCCAACCACAACAGCUGCUCCAACCACAACAACAUUUCCUUCAACCACAACAGCUGCACCAACCACAACCACAGCAGCUCCAACCACAACCACAGGUGCUCCAACCGCAACCACAGCUGCUCCAACCACAACAGCUGCUCCAACCACAACAACAAUUCCUUCAACAACAACAGCUGCACCAACCACAACCACAGCAGCUCCAACCACAACAACAGCUGCUCCAACCACAACAACAAUUCCUUCAACCACAACAGCUGCACAAACCACAACCACAGCAGCUCCAACCACAACAACAGAUGCUCUAACCACAACUACAGUAGCUCCAACCACAACAACAGAGACACCAACCUCAACAACACCAGCUCAAACCACAACCACAGCAGCUCCAACCACAACAACACAAGCUCUAACCACAACUACAGUAGCUCCAACCACAACAACAGAGACACCAACCACAACAACAGCAGUUCCAACCACAACCACAGCAGCUGCUACCACAACAGUUUCUCCAACCACAACUACAAUAGCUCCAACCAAAACAACAGAGACACCAACCACAACAACAGCAGCUGCAACUACAACAGCUUCUCCAACCACAACCACAACAGCUCCAACCACAACAGCUGCUUCAUCAACAACAUCAAUUCCUUCAACCACAACAGCUGCAACAACCACUACCACAGCAGCUCCAACCACAACUACAGCUUCUCCAACCACAACAACAAUUCCUUCAACCACAACAUCUGUACCAACCACAACCACAGCAGCUCCAACCACAACCACAGCUGCUCCAACCACAACAACAAUUCCUCCAACAACAACAGCUGCACCAACCAUUGCAGCUUCAACCACAACAACAGAAGCUCCAACCACAACUACAAUAGCUCCAACCACAACAACAGAGACACCAACCACAACAACAGAAGCUCCAACCACAACCACAGCAGCUCCGACCACAACAACAGUUGCUCCAACCACAACAACAAUAGCUCCGACGACAACAAUUCCUUCAACCACAACAGCUGCAACAACCACAAACACAGCAACUCCAACCACAACCACAGCAGCUCCAACCACAACCACAUCUGAUCCAACAAAAAAAACUGUAGCUCCAACGACAACAACAGCAACUCCAACCACAACCACAGUUGCUCCGACCACAGCAACAGAGACACCAACUACAACAAAAGAGACCCCAACCACAACAACAGCAGCUCAAACCACAACCACAGCAGCUGCAACCACAACAGUUUCUCCAACCACAACCACAACAGCUCCGACCACAACAACAGUUGCUCCAACCACAACAACAGUAGCUCCGACGACAACAACAGUUGCACCAACCACAUCCAGAGCAGCUACAACCACAACCACAGGUGCUCCAGCCACAACCACAGCUGCUGCAACCACAACAACAAUUCCUUCAACCACAACAGCUUCACCAACAACAACCACAGCAGCUCCAACCACAACAACAGAAGCUCCAACCACAACUACAGUAGCUCCAACCACAACAACACAGACACCAACCUCAACAACAGCAACUCCAACCACAACCACAGCGGCUGCAACCACAACAGUUUCUCCAAUCACAACAGCAGCUCCGACCACAACAACAGUUGCUCCAACC